GCGGAAGCGCGGAGCGCCGCUGCAGCUUUGCGCAUGCGCAGCCGGAAGCCGGCGCCUGCCCCUGGAUAAGAGGCGGGGAGGCCCCGUUCGAGCCCUUUUUUCCCCGCCGGAGCCGCGGCCGCCGCCAUAAUGACCGACUGGGAGACGGCGCCCGCUGUCACCGAGACCCCCGACAUCAAGCUCUUCGGCAAGUGGAGCACGGACGAUGUGCAGAUCAACGACAUCUCCCUCCAGGACUACAUCGCCGUCAAGGAGAAGUACGCCAAGUACCUGCCCCACAGCGCCGGGCGCUACGCGGCCAAGCGCUUCCGCAAGGCCCAGUGCCCCAUCGUCGAGCGCCUCACCAACUCCAUGAUGAUGCACGGCCGCAACAACGGCAAGAAGCUGAUGACCGUGCGCAUCGUCAAGCACGCCUUCGAGAUCAUCCACCUGCUCACCGGGGAGAACCCCCUGCAAGUCCUGGUGAACGCCAUCAUCAACAGCGGCCCCCGCGAGGACUCGACCCGCAUCGGCCGCGCCGGCACCGUGCGGAGACAGGCUGUGGAUGUGUCCCCGCUGCGCCGCGUCAACCAGGCCAUCUGGCUGCUGUGCACGGGUGCCCGCGAGGCCGCUUUCCGCAACAUCAAGACCAUCGCGGAGUGCCUGGCCGACGAGCUCAUCAACGCUGCCAAGGGCUCUUCCAACUCGUACGCCAUCAAGAAGAAGGACGAACUGGAGCGCGUGGCCAAGUCCAACCGUUAAAGAGCCGCCGUUGUCAUGCCCGAAAUAAAGUUGGCUUCUACUUUG